UUUCACUCGGUAACCGAUAAACAAGUCGAAAUAUUUUGAAAAAUUUGCUGAUGUUUUUGAAUCAUUUUAAUUUAAUUACGGAAUUAAUUAAUUUACUAUUUCAUAUAAUUUUGAAUCUUGUUUCCACACGCUUCCCAAGUAUAGUAUAGGUAUUCUUUCAAUUUCAUAAUUUAUGGACCCAAUUCUACUCCAGAAGAAAGUUACUGAAAAUGCGGAGGAAAUGCAGAACAUGGUGCAAGAUUUAUUGAACUGGGAAAAAGAUAUGAAAAGAAAAGAGCAAUCGCGUUUACAGGAAAUAUCACCUAAUCAAGAAGAGUUACCUCCUGUGAGAAAGAAGAUGGCCAAAAACACAGAAGACCUCAAAGUAAAAGUUGAGUCAUCUUCAAGCAUAACCGAAGAAAAAAUUGCUGAAAGGCAAAAUCGUGAAAAAUCAUUAUUUGAAAAAGAACGAGGCAAUGAGUUAGUGAAACAAGGAAAAUACCGUGAAGCUAUUCAUCAUUAUACUCUUGCAAUCGAAACUUACCGUGAAGAUGCCACCUUCUACGCCAACAGAGCUCUUUGUUUCCUCAAUACUAAACAGUGGAAAGAAGUUGAAACAGAUUGUACGAUAGCUUUACAACUGGAUCCGAAUUACGUGAAAGCUUAUCAUCGACGAGCUUCAGCUCUCAAAGAACUCGGUCAGUUAUCCGAAGCUCACGAUGAUCUUCAGAAAGCUCUCAAACUUGAACCGAACAAUGUUAGUUUAAAAGCUGAUUCAGCGAAAAUAGAGAAAUUGCUCAAUGAUAAGGCGAUCUUGGUUAGUAAAUCUGUUCAGUCGAAAGAAUCGAAUAAAAAUUUAGCUUACACGUUCAAAGAAAAAGGUAAUGCUUUCGUGAAAAAAGGAAAUUGGUUAUCAGCCAUUGAAAAUUAUACCGAAGCUUGUCGAUUAUACCCCGAGGAUUCAUCGUUUUACUCAAAUAGAGCCCUUUGCUACUUGAAGAUGAACGAACCGAAGAAAACCAUUCUGGAUUGUAUACGAGCUCUAGAGUUGGAUCCCAAUAACACGAAAGCUUUGUACCGAAAAGCAUUAGCUCAUGUGAAAUUGAACAACGAUUCUUCCGCGCAUGAUGAUCUACUCGCAGCUUUCAAAUUAGAACCCACUAAUAAAGCUGUUCAAGAAGAGUUGAACAAAUUAGAGAAAAAAUUGGGACUAAACGAAGAAAAAGAUUCGAGUGCUGGUGAUUCAACAUCUAAAGUGUCCUCGUCAGAUAAGCGUCUUUCUGGUGAAAGAUUCCUCAAAUUAGGAGGAAAAUUCGUUAAACCUGUCAAAAAAGCACCUCAUAUGUUGUCUAAAAAACCGUUGAAAAAAAUAUCGAUUUCGGACAAGUCAGAGGUUGAUAUUGUUCAAAAUGUUCUUAGCAAAAUUCCCGAUGUGAACGAAGUUUCUCUAAAUCAGUGUGAUACUACUCAGUUACCUCAGUCAAACAGUAAAACUAAGUCAAAUAAAACAGAGGUGCAGAUAGAUGUAAAUUCUUUACCGGAACCUAAAACCUCGAUGCAAUUUGUCGCUAGUUGGAAUAAACUAUUACGUAAUCCGUCUUUGCAAUAUCAAUACUUGAAAAAAUUGAAAGGAGAACAACUUCCUGCCAUUUUCAAAGAGGCUUUGGAAUGUGACGUCUUUAGUCAAAUUUUGGAAGUUCUUGCUACGAAAUUCAUAGAAGCUAAUGAACCAGUUCAUCAAUAUUUAAAUGGACUCAGUAACGUGAAAAGAUUCAGCGCUUUGUUAUUAUUCGCGUCGGAAGAGGAUAAAGAAAACAUUAAACUACUAAUCGAUCAUUGUGCCGGUUUGAAAGAAGUCCCUGAUGCAGACAUAUCUUCGUUGAAAUCUCGAUUUUAUUGCUAACUAGUAACUAAUGUUUAAAUUCAAAAUGUUAAAGUUUCGUACGAUUUAUAAUUUUAACCUUUUUUUAUUUCUAGCAAGAUCUUUCAAAUUAAUAUUUUUUAGUAAUUAUCAAAAUACUUGAACUUUUAUCAGACGAUUCUUUUCGGUAUUUUUACUUCAUCUGUAAUUAGUCAUGAACGUAUGUUUUCCGAAUUAUGUGAAUAUUAAAUCUGCAAUACUUGUGCCUCAUGAUUCACCUUCGUACUUUGUACUUUGUGAUAAGUUAGCUUUUCGAAUUUUUUUGUACGUUUAAAUAAAAAGUUUAAAUGAAA